AGGAGGAACACGAACACUCGCGGAAGACACGAGCUCUCCAUCUGCCUGAAUUAAGAAGUUGAGGUGCUUGGUACAGGUGGCGUGUCCUCAUCAUGUGUGUGCUGUUUCGCUGCGGUGUCCUGUUUCUGCUGUGUUCUGUGAGCGUCUCCCAGUCUCAGUCUUCAUCAUACGGAGCGCGGGGUUCAGAUCUGGGUCUGCAGGUGUUUAUGCAAGUGCUCCAGGAUCGAGCGCAGGAGAAUGUGCUGCUGUCUCCCCACGGCGUGGCCUCUGUGUUGGGAAUGCUGCUCCCAGGGGCCCACGGGGACACACGCAGACAGCUGCUCAAUGGACUCAAAUACAAGAAGAACGGUCCAUAUAAGAUGUUGCGGAAGCUUCAUAAGUCUUUGACGACAAAAUCUAAUGCUGAUAUUGUGACCAUCGCCAACGCACUGUUCCCUAAUGAGGGAUUCAGCAUGAAGGAGGACUUCCUGUCUGCCAACAGAGAGAACUUCCUGUGUGAGAGUCACAGUGUGGACUACAGUGACCCGGAGGCAGCCGCACAGUCCAUCAAUGACUGGGUGAAGAACAGCACUAAAGGCCAGAUUCCCAGUGUGGUGACUGCGGAUAUGUUUGACACGGCUCUGACGCGUCUGGUGGCUGUAAACUCCAUCUUCUUUAAAGGCCUCUGGAAGUCCCGUUUCCAGCCUCAAAGCACCAAACCCCGGAGCUUCACAGCCGGAGACGGAAACACAUACAAAGUGCCCAUGAUGUCCCAACUCUCCGUCUUCAACAUGGGUCAGGCCAGCACUCCAGAUGGACAGAAGUACAUCGUGAUCGAGCUGCCAUAUCACGGGAACAGCAUGAGUAUGUUCAUCGCUCUGCCCACAGAAGAUUCGACUCCUCUGUCCUCCAUCCUGCCGCACAUCUCCACCAACACCAUCCAGAGCUGGACCAAACUGAUGAACCCCAGGAGGAUGCGCCUGCUGAUGCCAAAAUUCACAGUCGAGCAGGAGUUGGAUCUGGAGACUCCUCUUAAAGCUUUGGGAAUCAAAGACAUCUUUGACCAGAACAAAGCGGAUUUCAGACACCUGAGUUCAGAGUCCAUCUACGUGUCCAAAGCCCUUCAGAAAGCCAAGAUAGAGGUCAAUGAGGACGGAACCAAAGCCUCCGCCACCACAUCUGUAAUCCUGCAUGCUCGAUCCUCUCCGCCAUGGGUGACUGUGGACAGACCGUUCCUGUUUCUCAUCAGGCACAAUUCUUCAGGAACCAUCCUAUUUGCCGGCCAGAUCAACAAACCUUAAACACAUACACACACACACACACACACAUACAUACAGAUGAAUAUAUUACUUUUGUCUACUUUUUAACUGCAGGUUUUUGUGUCUUUAAACGCUCCUCUUUGUUUUAAGACUCCCAGUUUCUUUGUAAUCUUGGAGAGCUUUUUAUAAGAUUUUAUAUGUAGUUUCUUAAUGCAAGCUUUUCUCACUAAAUGUUUGCAACUUUUGUAUAACUUCAUCUGAGAUGGCUUCUUUGUCCUCAAUAAAGCAUCAGUUUAUUAGUCAUUUUAA